AUGGUGGGGUCUGGUUAUGAACGGUUGGUGGAGGAAGUUGAGUGUUUUGCUGACUUGAAUGUGUUGACCAUUAGAGUCUAUGAUUGUGAAGAUCUUGAACAACUGAAGAUUGAACGCGCAGAGAUUGCAAGUGCAGGGUGCUUUCGAAGCGUUACGUUUGUAAAACUAGCACGUUGCCCGAAAUUGAAGGAUGCAACACGGAUAUUAUUUGUUCCACUCUUGGUUAAACUGGCCAUACAUGAAUGCCAAGAUUUGGAAGAAGUCAUCGGCGAGGAUAAACUCGAUGAAGUCGUCAAGCUGACGGAAAGUUCGAACGUGUUUUCAGAGCUAGAGGCUUUCGAUCUGCAAAAACUGCCUAAACUGAAGACGAUAUACAUGGAUGCUCUGCCAUUUCCGAUGCUGAAGGAAGGGGAAAUAUGCUGCAAGAGGAAAUGUGUUCAUUCUUCUUUUAAUACCAAACAUUGUGGUGUAUGGCGAUGGAUCAAAAGGGCGGGUGAGGAUAAUCACCUCUUCUGA